GCUUAUUUACAAAAUCACGAGCAUAUCAUGCACAAGUGUUAAAUAGUUCACGCGAUAUUAAACCACAAAACGAUUUACUAUCAGUAUUGAAGACAAAUGAAAAUCAAUGGAAGAAAUACCGGAGGGCGAACACGAAGUAAAUUUCACAUGGUUUACUUACAGUGAUUUACCAGACGACAUUUCUUCAGUCGAAAUAUUACUGGCCCCAGCAAGGAGCGUAUGGGAUGAUCAUUUUACCGACAGCAACUAUACACAAAAUACGGUCUCGUAUGAUUUAACACUACAUAAUGGCGUGUUUAGUAGAAGCAUUCCUUUGAAGACAAAUAUUUAUCACUUUUUAUUUCGUGUAAACAGUGCAAAUGAUUUCGCUGCAUCACGUAAACAUGAUGUUACAUAUCUGGCUAAUGGCCGAAUGUUGAACUAUGUUAAUGUCGGUGAUGAUGUUUUAUUCAACAAACAGGAUUUGAAUGAAGGUUGGUGUUUAAUAGUUGACAAACACUUUAUAUUUUUUUGUUGAUUGAUAGUACCUGAUUAUAUAAUAUUAUUAAAAACAAAUAGUUAUUAUAAAAUUUAAUUUGUAUAUCAACUAGCUGUUAACAUCAAAAAGUAAACAAAUUAAUUGGACCAACUGAUAAACAUAUAAAGUAUAUUUUCAGCCACAUGUACACAUACCAUAAUGUUAUUAUUCAUUAUAGGCUCUUGACCCCCUGCCUAGACUGUUGCAAGUCCUUCCCUGUAGUUUCAUGGUAGUGCGGUACCCCAGUCUACAUGGGUGUAGUGAGUGUAUCAUAAUUUUACUUACUUUUGCAAACAAAAUGGGUGUGGUUUUGGCAUGGUUGGCAGUCCUCUUUCCCUGCAUUUUCCCUAAGUAUGUUAAGUAUUAGCUAUUUUAAAAACUGCUCCCCCCCCCCGCCCCACUUGCUAAGCAGCCAAGUUGCCAAGCAAUACUUUAAGGCCCAAAAAUUCAUUUUGCUGACAGUGAUCUAUCACAGGUUUAGCAUUUUUUAAUUGAUGGGAUGAAAGGAUGUAUAUUUAGGGACCGGAAAGCCCCCUUCCCUUAAAAGAGCAGAAAUUUAAUGAUGACCCCCCUGCAUAUUAGAAUAUUUUCCUUUGACCCCCCCUUUCCAUUUUUACUUGUCAAAUGGGUUUACCCAGGUGUUAAUGUGUUAUUGUUAAUUAUUAAAUAAGAAUAUGGAACCGACAAGAUGUUAACAUUGACCAAAAAUAUAUAUUAGCAGAAAAUUAUAAUUAAAAGAGGAGUAUUUAUAUAUAUAACUAAAAUCAGGUUUCCAUUUGGUCUGGGCGAUUGUUUCCAGGGACGCCGGAACAAUGUGAAGGCAAGGGGGGCAGAUUUUCGUGAAAGGGCACUUUUGAAUUGAUAUAUACUAAGAGAUGUUUGUAAAACAUCAGGAGUUGAACUUCGCCUAAUCAUGUUUUCUAUUUAUUGGAUGAUAGGGGUGUGAGGGGGUCUUCGCCAGGCGAUUGCGCUAUUCUUGAAGCUCGAUGACUGCAUUUCUUGCAUUUUCUGAAGCAAAUUCGUAAAAGAAUUGCACUAACAUUUCUGACAAUUUGCUAUUUCGCAAAGGCAAUCCUUUAAAUUGGAAGGGCACCUUUGCCCCCCUUGCCCCUCCUGAUAAAGGGCAACGGGGGCGGCUGCCCCCCACCCCCCAGUUCCGGAGUCCCUAAUUGUAACCAUAUUUAAAGGCAAAGUAUUAGUGUUUGGAGGCAGGUGCCGUUUAUGGUCCAAGGCUGCAACUAGGCAUACCUCUGGCACCAGUCACACUGACAAGUCAGUGGAAAUGAAAUACAAUGUAUAGUGGUCUAUACAUCCUUUUUUAUUUGAGAUUUAAAAUUAUAUAAAAUAAAAAGACAUGCUACCAGAUAAAAUCCUCUAGAAUAAACAUGGGUGGGUGGGUGGCAGAAUGAAUACCCACACCGAAGCACUGAUCACAAAGCGCGAAAACAACCCCCUUUGAUCAAUAUGACAUCACAGACUCCCCUCAGCGGAUGUAGCCUACAUAAUACAUCUGCCACAUCAAGAUAGCUGAUGUAAUAAUACAUUGUCAAUUUAUCUCUGCAAUCAGUAAAGACUGAUUUGCAUACAGCACACAGAGGACAAGAUAAAUCCAGACUAUUUCACAUCGGUGAAAACAACAUUUACAACCAAAUGGAUAGCAGGCUUAUUAAGAAAAUUCCUUCAAAUUUAAUUGUAACCUACCCCCUCAUUUUCUUGAAAAAAUAAUUUAUUUAUACAUAUGCCCCCCCCCCCCUAUUUUUGCCCUCCCCCUUCCAUAAAUAAUGUCCCUUAUCCACAUUUUUUGCAUCAUAGAGAUGUUGUAAGGUUUGCAAUUUCCAUAUGACUGAUUACCAGGUUAAAUCUACAGUAUAGAUGCUUUUUAAAAUUUUUCAUGACAACUGCUCUAAAUUACUAUAUAUUAAUUAGUUACCAUUCAGUCCAUAUAUUAAUUUUUCUUCUCACUAGAAAAAUUACCAUCACCUGUGGCAAGUAAUACAGACACUAGUGAAUUGCUUAAUUCACAGCGACGGAGAAAAGCAACUGGAUUAAGGAGGUUGCUGUUGUGUUGCAGUUACUAACACAUAUGUGGUAAUACAGGUUUGAAUUAGACAGAACCAAACAUGAAUUUUAACAGACUAGUAUAAGUUGUACCAUUUUUUAAGAAUCUUCAAUAUGGAGGAUAUACAGGCCUGCAAAUAGUUAUUUUCCUCUAGAAGGACACAAAUUGGUUGGACAUUUAUCAAUUUUUCGGACAUUUAUCAAUGGACAAAGUCAGAGGGACAAAGUGGAAUUUUUCAUUUUUUGUUAAAUUAGGCCACUGCAAAUUAGACUUUAGUUUUCCGUUCGACCCUUAUUCAAAUCACACGUGUGCGAUUGGUCCAUUUCCAUUAUCCAUUAUGGUGUCUGAAAGAAUCUAAUGCAGUCCGUUAUUCCAUGAAAUAAAUACACGUUUUAAUUUAAAUAUCCAUUCAGCCAUGUUUUUACACAAUGUUUUAGAUUUUUGUAUGCAGAAAUGAAAGCCAGUUCAAAAAUCAAAACAAUUCACACUCUUUGAUAAAAGUUUCAAAGAAUUUUAUUUCUAUUUUUACAUGUUGUACCAGGGCCUAUUUUAGUGUGCAGUAUUGCACACUUUGUGCAGUAUUGGAUAAAAAGUGUGCAGUAUUGAAUGCAAAAGUGUGCAGUAUUGAAAUUUGAAAUAAAUUUUAACUUUGUAUGUGCUGAAGGAGCAAAGUAGAUGAAAUAUAAAAGUUGAGAAUUCCAAAAUGCCUUUCCAACAAAAUGAGUGAAGGCACAAACAAAGUUGGCCAAGUUCCGGUAAUAAUUCAAAUAUUUAGUAUUUUACAACAAUACAUGCUCAUCGACUAUGCCCAAGAAAAAAGUCACGUUGUCAUUCUACAGUGUGUCUCAAAAAGAGUAUACCCUUUCAAAUUCAAAUUAACCGUAAUUUAUUGUGGUAAUUUGGGGUAGCCUCGCAGUAGCUCGGAAGAGUGGUUUUCAUUGGCUCAAUAUGACAAUUGCUUUUGUGUUUAUAACAAUGAAUUGAUUCGUUCUUUAGAAAACCCCCAUCCAAUUGGAGACGACCUUCUGAGGCACUGCGAGGCUUCCCCCCGUUUCCAGCCCCCCGCCCCAAUCAAAAAGAGCUUCCUACAGCACUGUAUGCUUCUGUGGUAUGUUUGUGCGUAAAAUAUGCGUAUUUUUGUUUGUUAAUUGCGACUUCAUUUUCCGGAUAGCAAACGCCUUUGUGGCUUCGUAUGCCAUGAAAUAUUUGGACACACUUCCCCACUAUAUAUGCUAGCUAUGGCUGUGGAUGACGUCACAGGGUGACGUCAUUGAUUACGCCUGCUCUGAAGUGUGCAGUAUUGAAAUUUCCUUAGAAUAGGCCCUGUAUGAUAAAUAUGUAUUUCGUGAACGAUAUAUUAUUUGAAGACUGUGGAUGUUCUUUAUUCUUAGUCACAAACUAAGCUCAAAUAAUAGAAACAAGUUAGAGUAAUGCCAUAAUGGACAAAUGCGGCCAGUUCUAGGAGACGCGGACGGAGGACGAGAAACUAAAGUCUAAUUUGGAGUGGCCUUAAGCUACGUUUACACGCUGCGAUUUGUCGGGCCGAUUUUGGCAAAUAAUCGUUGCCCCUUCUUCGACAUUUAGCGAUUUAAACGUUCAAUUGAAGCUGUCCGCUCUCUCGUCUGUUUAUAUUAUAGUUUUCUGCGUGCGAAAAGUUUUCAACAACUUUACAACGGAAGAAAAAUCGUUGAAUCGUGAGAAAAAUCUGUGCUUUGCUACAGAUUUUUCUCCCGAUUUUGUGAAUCGCAAGGCGCUGACGCGAGUACUCACGACAGGUUAUUUACAUACAGCGAGCAAAAUCGGCCCGACAAAUCGCAGCGUGUAAACGUACCUUUAGCGCAAUGUAUUUCAUCUUGUCAAUGCAUCUAAAACUGAGCUGUAUAUCUACCAGUCCUAAUGCAUCAGUAAAUUAUGGUUUAUGUUAUACAUAACUGUAAUUUUUACCAUAUUAUACCAAGGCAGUUUGGAUAAAUAUUCGUAGUUGAAUCUUACUGCUUAAUGCAGCAAAACGUCCGUCGGCAAAAUGUCCGUUUGGCAAAAUGUCUUUCGGCAAAGUGUCUUUCGGCAAAAUGUCCGGGUACCGUUGGAAAUUAACUCUCAAUUCUUUACACUUUUUUGGAUUAAGUUUCUUAUAAUUUUGGUUGGACCAGUUUGAAAUAUGGUCUAGUUCGUAUUGCAUGUUAGAUUGGCUAUGUUUUGGAAUGACUUCGGAGAUAGUAAGAUCGUCUACAUACUUCCAAUGGUUUGACUCGAAUGUUUUUAGGUCGUUGACCAUUACCAAAAACAAGAUGGGACCUAAUUUUGUUCCCUGUGGGACACCGGCAUUUACUUGUUCCCAAUCAGAGAUUGAUUCCCCAAGUUUGACUCUCUCUGUCUGCGAUCAGACAAAAAGUCACAUAACCAUGGAAUAAGAGAUUUACGAAGCCCCAUGUCGAUCAGCUUAGUAUAAUCAGUACGUUCAAGUUAAUUCUGUCGAAUACUAAAAUCUAGUAAGACAAUCCGUAGUGAACAUCCAUCAGCAUCAAGUUUGGACAACCAGAAAUGAAACAUGUCAAGUAGGCAUAGUAUAGUAGUAGAUGAACUUCGGAGGCAUCCAAAUAGACCUUUCCCCUUAUGAGUGAAAUUUUGAUCUAGAUAUGCCUGAACAAAAUUUCAUCAUAGCUUGAAAGAGCAUCACAAAAUUAGUAAUAUUCCGAAGUUUCGUUGUGAAAUGUUGUAAAAUGCGGAUAAUAUAGCCUUGCGAAGUUUGCCGUUUUUCAGUCAUUUUGCAUUACAAACGGGAAAUUGAUAAUCAGAUGAUCAAACUGAUUAUCAAUUUCACAUGAUUUGUAAUACAAAAUGACUGAAAAACGGCAAACUUCGCAAGGCUAUAUAUUAUCCGCAUUUUACAACAUUUCGCAACGAAACAUUACAACGGAAUAUUACUAAUUUUCGCAACGGAAUAUUACUAAAUUUGUGAUGCUCUUUCAAGCUGUCCAGACCUGUCUAGAUCAAAAUUUCACUCAUAAGGGGAAAGGUCUAUUGUUUAGGGUCGAUUUGAUGUCCGUAAUAAAAUUGGACGUAGAUAAUAUUCGUAUAAGCGGAAUAUUUGAAAAUGCGAGGCGGGAUGUUAUCAGGGCCAGCGGUUUUAAAAGGGUUAAGACUGAGCAACUUUUUACAAACUUGGUAAGGAUGGAUAGUGGGUAAUUUAUCCGCAGCAGGUAAUAGUGUAGUUGUAGUGGAAGUCAAAUCUGAGCCUCUCUGAAAAUAGAUUUGGUACCCACUACCCAAAUCGGGUAGGAUUGCCUGACAAGUAAAUUUGGUACAGCUUAUAGUGUGAACGAGUUUCUAAAAAUAUUACGACCAAUAUUAUAAUUUUACGUAUACGUAAAUAAAAAACUUUUUAAACUAUAUGUACAUAGAUAUAGUUGUAAUAAUUUACGCCUAAACUAUUUAUGAAAAAUAAUUGGGAUUUUCCUCUCUGACAUGAAUUGGUAUAUCGUUAGUCGUUGUUGUGCGUAGUUUUGGUUUCCUUGAAACAACAUUCGUUGCUUUUGCUUGCUUGUAUUGGUCCCACUCUCGUGUUCUUAUGUAUGCCUUAAAGAUAUCUUCUCUUUUCCAGUUGUUCUCGAUUAGUGCAUCUUUCAUGUCUCUUAAUACCUUUCCUCGGUUAUGUAUUUGCAAUAUGGAUCGUGGGAUCAACAUCAGCUCAGUCUG